AGUGCUCAACCGGAUGUGCGACAUUGUUCUGGAAGGAAGAUCCCAGACAACAAAUACCUACAUACUUUCUGGCCUAAACACUGAGUGUUCAUCCCAAAAAUCAUUUUAAAAAUACUUUAUCCGUCUUGCUGAUCGACUUUAAAGUUAGUUUGACGGCUCGAAAAGGAAACAUUGUCAUGUCGUCGCCGCUGGAGAUGUCAGAAAUGUACGACAACGCUCUGCUGGGCAUCCUGCAGCACGUUGGCAACAUCCAGGACUUUCUUCAAGUCUAUUUUGGAUUUUUGUACCGAAAGACGGACUUUUAUCGCCUUCUUUCCAGUCCCAGUGACAAGAUGGGCUUCCCGCCUGGUGUCGCUGAAAAGAUGGUUGUCAAGACUUACAAAUUGUUUGAGAAGAUGGCCGAACACAAUCGUGAGCUACAGAGGAGACAGGAGGAGACCAGAACCGUUCCUCUGGCGGUCCAAGAACUGGAGGUCACCUCUGAGCCUCAGCAGGUGAGUCUGACAGAGGCCAGCUCCUCUUCGGAUCCCGUUCCUGGGCCUGAACCCCGACCCGCCAGUGGUAGCACUGGUCCACUGACUCAGGGGGACCAGGCGGCUGCCUCCAACGCAGCAGAGUGUAGUCCGCAGAUGCUCAAGCCCGAUUCGGACAGUUACAAUGGUGCCGUGAGGGAGAAGUACAAGUGGUCUCAGGACUACACCGACGUGGAGGUCCGCGUGUCUGUGCCCAAGUCGGUGGUCAAGGGCCGACAGGUGAGCGUCACGCUGCACAGCAACAGCGUGCGUGUUUGUGUGAGGGCGGGGCUGCAAGAGGAGACGCUGAUGGAGGGAGAGUUCACACAUAAGAUCAACACAGAAAAUUCCCUGUGGAGCCUCGAACCCAGCAACUGUGUCGUUCUGUCACUCAACAAGAUGUCGGAGGUUUGGUGGAAAGCUGUCCUCAAAGGUGAGGAGGAAAUCGAUGUGAACCAAAUCAACCGCGAGCGAUCCAUGGCGACCGUGGACGAGGAUGAGCACGCCGUCCUGGAUCGUCUCACCUUCGACUACCAUCAGAAGCUGCAGGGCAAACCGCAGAGUCACGAAAUGAAGGUGCAUGAGAUGCUGAAGAAGGGCUGGGAUGCUGAGGGCUCGCCGUUUAAAGGGCAGCAGUUCGACGCCUCCAUGUUUGACAUCCCACCCAGUGCAGUGCAGUUCUGAAGCUCCGCCCACUCGGGACGAAGAGACUGAAUUGUGCUGCUUGAUGUUCAGGUGUGCAUGUGUGUGUGUGCGUGUGUGUGAGAGCCACAUCAGACUUCAGCAUGAUUGGAUUAUUUAGCUUGUCAUUCCUCUACAUCCUCAUGUUUUUGGACAACUGGAAAGCGAUGUCGUCCAGUUUACGCGUUCGCAAGGUUUCUGUGUAUAAGGGGGGGUCAGCUGUGUAAGUAGCACCAUGACAUCAUAGUGUGACCUCCCAGCAUUAGAUGCCAAUCAGUCCAACACGUUUGUCCUGUUCUAUCAACACACUGCACUGUACCUGGGGCCGCCCCCUUUUCAACUCCCCACAAAAGAAAGACUGAAGUGAUGAACUGUCCACACGCGCCUGAGGUUCCUGGUGUCAUAGCAACAGUGAUUGUUGACAUAAAAGAAACAUGAGAUGAGUGUGUUGUUCUGUAAGUGCAAUCAGUCAAUGUUCACUACUUUUUGCUUUAUGUGCGGCUUCUGUGGUCAUGUGACCUGUGAGCGGUGCCCAUAUUUGAUAAGGUGUGCAUAUGUCAACAUGAUGAUGUAACGGAUACCAGCCAGUGUGGCUACGUAAGUGUACGCUGGUGAAACCUCACUCCCUCAGCCUUAAGAGCUGUGCUGAACGCUUGCUGGACAGUCCGGACUUGACCCCGCUAACCUCAAUGUACUUCAGGGGUUGAACUAAAUCAAAUUAUUCAAUGAAGAAGUUGAUAUUUUAUUUAAUACAUUAAGUGUCAUGUAUUAUUUAUGCUAUGAUAUAAAAUAAAUUACCAUC